AUUAGUCAAGUCAAUUUGCUUUCCAUUUUAUUCCAUUCGGCAACAUUAUUUACUCUCCAAAUUGAUUCCUUUCUUGUCUUGCUCCUCCUCAUGGAAGAUGAUGGUACCGUCUCCACUUCCACUUCCACUUCCACUCCAUCAUCAUCUUCAUCUUCUUUUCAGUGGAAAUAUGAUGUUUUCUUGAGCUUUAGUGGUGAAGAUACCCGCAAGGGCUUCACAGACCAUCUAUAUUCUUGUUUAAGAGAGAAAGGAUUCAUCACUUUCAGAGAUGACCCAAAGCUUGAGAAAGGAAAAAGCAUCGGACCACAGCUCCUCAAAGCAAUUGGAGAAUCAUGGUGCUCAAUCAUCGUUUUCUCCAAAAGGUAUGCUUCUUCAAGUUGGUGUCUAGAUGAACUUGUUGAGAUUCUUAAACAGCAGAAAGAGAGGGGACAUGAGAUCUACCCUGUUUUUUAUGAUGUUGAGCCACGUGACCUACGGAAACAGAAAGGGAGCGUUGAAGAUGCCUUUGCUCAACAUGAAAAGAGAUAUAAUCAAGACAAGACGAGAAGGUGGCGAGAUGCUUUACUUGAAGCGUCUUGUAUCACUGGAUGGGAGUUAAAAGAUAGGUACGAAUCGGAACUCAUGCAAGACGUCAUUAGAGUGAUAUCGAAAAAGUUAUGUCAAACAUAUUCAAGUGUUUAUAAUGAAUUGAUUGGAAUUAAUUCACGUUUGGUGGAGUUGCGUGACAAAAUAUGCUUUCGGAAAGAUGAUGUUCGCAUUGUAGGAAUUUGUGGAAUGGGUGGUGUAGGUAAAACAACUCUUGCAAGAGUUGUGUAUAACCAUAUGUCUGGUUAUUUUGAAGGUAAAUGCUUUCUUGCUGAUGUUCGAGAAGUUGCAAUGAAAUCCGGGCUUGUUACUUUACAAAAACAACUUCUUUCUGUGCUGUUACCUGGGCAAGAUUUCCAAUUUUUUAAUGUUGAAGACGGAAUUGAAAUUAUAAAACGUAGGUUAAGUCACAAAAGGGUUCUUGUUGUUGUUGAUGAUGUCGAUAACAUGCAACACUUAAAAUGCUUGGUUCAAAAGCGUGAUUGGUUUGGUUUAGGGAGUAGAAUCAUCAUAACAUCUAGAGAUGAGCAUCUGUUGUUGCGAAACUACAGAGUGGAUGAUGUGUGUAAGCCUACAACAUUGGAUCACUUUGAAGCCCUACGGCUUUUAAGUUUGAAAGCUUUCCAAAGUGACACACCAAAAGAUGGUUUCAUGUCACUUUCCCAAAGUGUUGUGAAAUAUGCUAGUGGCCUUCCAUUAGCUCUUGAUGUUUUGGGCUCUUUUCUUUGUGGUAGAGAUGCAGAUCAAUGGAGACAUGCCAUAGAAAGCCUGAAGAGUGAGCCUGACAAAGAAAUUAACAAUUGUCUUAAAAUAAGUUUUGAUGGAUUAUCUGAAACACAGAAGAAAAUAUUUUUAGAUAUCGCGCAUUUCUUUAAAGGAUGGGACAGAGAUUUUGUAACAAAAAUAUUGGACGGCUGUGGGUAUAGUCCAGGUGUUGGACUACAUGUUCUGAUCGAGAGAUCUCUCAUAACAGUUGAAAACAACAAAAUUUGGAUGCAUGAUUUACUACAAGAGAUGGGAAGACAUAUUGUUCGACAGAAGUCUCCCGAUGAACCUGGCAAACGAUGUAGAUUAUCGGAGGAAAGAGAUGUAUAUCAAGUGCUAACACAAAACUCGGGUACAGAAGCGAUUGAAGGCAUGAUCAUCAACAGCACUAUAGGGGUGCACAAGGCUUUCACUUUGAGGGCUGACGCCUUCUUGAAGAUGAAAAAACUAAGAUUGCUCAUGGUUCAUGGUCUCCUAAAAGCUUGUGAUCUCACAUAUCUUUCCAAUGAGUUACGGUUUUUUGAGUGGGCUGGAUGUCCUUUAAAAUCAUUGCCUUGGGACUUCCAACCAAACAACCUUGUUGCACUUCUCCUACCUAAUAGCUGCAUUAAACAACUAUGGAACGGAGAAAGACUUUUAAAUAAAUUGAAAUUCAUUGACCUUCAAGACUCUCCAAAGUUGAUCAAGACGCCAGACUUCGCGAAGGCCGAAAAUUUGGAAAGUUUGAAUUUGGAAGACUGCACCAGUUUAGCACAUGUCCAUCCAUCCAUUGCAUUUUUACCAAACCUUAAGCUUUUGAAUUUAAGAAACUGCAAAAGCCUUAGGAGUUUCCCAACCAAAAUUAGAAUGGAAUCUCUUAAAACAUUUAUUCUUUCAGGCUGCUCAAAUCUCCGAAGGUUGCCAGAGAUCACCGGGGAAAUGGAAUGUUUGGUGGAGCUCUAUUUGGACGGGACAAGUGUUAAAGAACUUCCCUCUUCAUUUAGACAUCUCAGCAAUCUCGAAAGUUUGAAUUUGGAAGGUUGUACCAGCUUAUUAGAUGUCCAUCCAUCCAUAUUAUUUUUACCCAAGCUCAAACUUUUGAAUUUAAGAAACUGCACAAGUCUUAGGAGUCUCUCAACCAAUAUUGGAAUGCAGUCUCUUGAAACGUUGAUUCUUUCAGGCUGCAUGAAUCUUCAAAGGUUUCCAGAGAUUACCGGAAAAAUGGAACGUUUGCUGGAGCUCCAUUUAGAUGGCACAAGUAUUGAAGAACUUCCCUCUUCUAUUGGACAUCUCAGCAGUCUACAAGUUCUUGAUCUCUCGGGUUGCUCUCAACUUGAAAUUUCACCACCAACUUUCCUACAGUGGAUAUAUAGGAAGGGCUGCAGAGUACUACUAUCAAGUCUGAAUCACAUGCUUUCCCAAAAAAGCCCGAAUUCCAUGGCUCUGAGGUUACCUCGUUUAUCAGGUUUGAGUUCUUUAAAAGAGCUGAAUAUAAGCGGUAGGAAUCUUUGUGAAGGGGCUCUUCCUAGUGAUAUACGUUGCUUAUUCUCAUUGGAAACACUGAUUCUUAAGGAUAACAAUUUCGUCAGCCUACCUACAAAUCUUUGCCAACUUUCCAAGCUCAAUCUUCUCGAAUUGGCGGAUUGUAAAUUGCUUGAAACAUUGCCUCAGCUUCCAUCAAGCAUAGCCGCAGUAGGGUUGGAUGGUUGCGAUUCAUUGGAAAUAGUUCCAAAUCCAACAAAAGCGUAUACUAGAUCGUAUGGGAUGCAUUAUUAUGGUGUUAACUGCUUUAAAUUGGCUGCGAAUGAUAAUGCAUUAAGAAUUCUAAAAGGACAUCUUAAGGCAGCUGCGAAUGUAAGACAACGAUUUGACAUUCUUAUACCUGGCAGUGAAAUCUUUGAAUGGUUUAGUCACCAGAGUGAGGAAUGUUCAGUAAUGAUACCCAAUUUGCAGAAUGAUAUUCAGUGGAUGGGAUUUGCCUUGUGCUGUGCUCUUGUGCCUGCCUCUAAUAAUGCUGCUUGGAGGGGGGAGGAAAUUAACUGUACCAUUAAAAUCCAUUUUGGAGAUUUUGCUUUUUGGAAACCUACUGAUGGGUUUCCUUUUAAUAGCAAAUCAGGCCGAAUCUCCAAGGACCACCUUUGGCUAAGCUAUUUGCCUCGUGAUAUUUUAGACAAUUUUUUGAAGUACCAAAGUGACGAUUAUGAGAUUUUACGGAGAGGAGAUUGGAUACAUAGUUGUACUGGAAUCAAGAUGUUAUUCAACACACGCAACAUUGGUACUAAGGUGAACAAGUGUGGGGCUCGAUUAGUGUAUCCAAGUGAUUUGGAGGACUUGGACCCAACGAUGGAGCAGCCUAGCACUCCAACUUCACUAAAUUCUCAUCACGGGUUGAGCAAAAAAAGAAAAAGAUACUCUUGAUGGAUCAACAGGUUGAAAAGGUCAUAAAAGCAGGAUAGGAUAGGAGUGAAAUCCUUUGCAGAUAUCAUUUUGGUCCUCUCAUCUUUGCCAUUAGCAUUUCAGUCUAGCUAGUUGUGCACGCUUUGAUAGCUUUGCGCGAAUGUAGUAUUAAUGAAGCCUAAGUUGUGUUUUAACAAGCAUUUGAAUAUUUCAUUUUUUUAAUAAGUGUUUGUACUCUUUAUUUGAAAAGUUGGAUUCAAAUCCUACGGUGUCCUCUUGUGGUUUACAAAGUUUAAAAUUGUGUAUGCCAAGUGAAUAAAAUAGCACUUCAAUUGUGCUGCUACUCUACAAUA